AUGUAUGAAAGUCAUCGUGACUCUGGUGACGUAACAUUCCUAGUAGGUAAAAAUGGCGCUGAAGUAAAAGCCCACAAGUUCAUCUUGAUGUGUCGGAGUAGUGUGUUUUUCUCCAUGUUUGAAGGACAAGAAAGUAGUUUACAGCAGGCUGUAAAAGUGGAAGACAUUCAAGAAGACAUAUUUUUGAAGUUUCUGCAAUUUUUAUACACUGAUGAUGUCUGUGUUACCAUAGAUAACUUUGGAGACCUGAUGUACUGUGCUAAGAAAUAUGAUAUAGAAACGUUGUCAGCUUUGUGUAAAAGGUCUUUACAAUCACUCAUCAAGCCGGACUUGGUUUGCAAGAUGAUGGAAUUCGCACAUCAAUUAGACGACAGAGAAAUCAUAGACAUAUGUUUAAAAACAAUAGAACUCAACACCCCGAGCUUUUUAUACACCGAUUCUUUUAUGAAUUUGUGUUCAACUUGUGUCUAUAAAAUAACUCAGCAUGAUAGAGUUUUUGCUCCAGAAGAUGUUGUUUUUCAACAGGUCUGUAAAUGGCCGGACUCUCACGUUCAUGGACCAUGUAGGAGUGGAAAUUUCAAAGGAAUAGAAUUUGAUGAUGCUUACUGUAUUCCAUGUGAUUUCUGGCCUCCAUCUGCAUUGGCAUGGAUUGACAGAAGUUACUCCUGGCCGAGCCCCGGUGUUAUUGAUGAUAUUAUCAGAAAAGGAUGUCACUUUGUUGCAAUAGGGCACAAACUAGGAAAUCAUGAGGAAAAUGAAUGGAGAAUUUCAUUUGCUUAUGCAGAACAACAACUUGUGUACUCCAUGAACCAUUGUCAAUUUCUCACGUACGGUUUACUCAAACUAAUUCUUAAAGAAAUUAUAACGAAAAAUGUAACAGAGGGCUUACUUUCCUCUUAUCACAUGAAAACAGCAGUAUUUUGGGUGAUUCAGCAAAAUGUAAUACCUUAUUGGUAUCCUGAAAAUCUUCUGGAGUGCUUCAGGGUCUGCUUCAAACUUCUUCUUCAGCGGGUGUAUGAAGGUGUGUGUCCUAACUUCUUCAUCCCGGAAAACAACAUGUUUUUAACUAAAAUGGUUGGUAAAUCUCAAAGAGAGCUAUUCUUAGAAGUGCAUGGACUGUAUGAGAAAGGUAUAGCUUUACUGCAGCAGAGUUACUCUAUCAGAUCCUUUACUGUAGAUUUUUUUUGUAAUCCUAGACAAUGUAUUUCUUUUGAUCAGCACAGUGAAGACUGGGAGGUUGUGUUUGAUUCAGACCUAUUUAGAGAGAUUUGUAAUAACGAUGCAAUAUUUACACAAAACCUCAAUCGCUGUUUGCACCUCCUGCGAUCGAUGGAAUAUAUGAUAAGUUUACGUCUUAAAAAUUAUACAACCUAUCAAAUUCUCAUGGCACAGAAACUCACAGUUACUAUUCUCCAAAGCACAGCUUUUUUGUUACACAGUCGGUGCGCCAAUAUAAUUAAGAACAAGAAAAUGUAUAAAGCUGACAAGAUAUCAUGUUAUAUGUUGAAACUUGCUGCAAAAUUGGGGUUUGUUUCUGAUAAAUUGUACAUUGUGAUGUAUUAUUACAAGACUUUUAGACACAUAAAAGCAAGAAAGAUCCUAGAGAUAGCAAAUAUCGAAUUUCAGGAACCAUAUCUGAUGUAUAUGAGUGACGCGGACGAUAUAUAUACUGCAGAAGUUGGGGGACAGUCUUUUUCAACAAAGAUGCGGAGAGCUGUUGUAGGGGACAUCCGGCUCUCUUCAAACAUCCAUUAUAUUGAUGAAUUAAUGCAAGAGCAGCGUUUAAUGGGUCAAAUCGAGGGAACUAUACAUAUAUCUCCAUUUGUAAUGUUACUCAUGCUAGAAUUCUUAUGUUACAGACAAUUUAAUGAACAAAUCGCGGCAGUGGCCAUAUAUGAUUUAAAGAAUAUAGUUGCAGAGGGAGAUUUUAUUCGUCCCUGUACUAGAGACAUAUGUUGGCAGAUCUUAGGAAUUUGUCAACAGCUCCAAGGGGAUCUUUGGGGUGCCCUGGAGUCAUAUGUCGAAGCAGUUAAAGAGUUUCCCUUCCACAACCUAAAAAAUGCCACGAAGUUGAGGAUACAGAGUCUAGAUAAAUGA